GCAGCCCGGGCGCGGCGCCGCCGGUGGGUGUGCGCGUCCGCGCGGGACGCCAGCUCUCUCCGUCCUGCGUUCGCAGGCGACGGCGGGCGGCGGGGCUCCGAGCUCGGGCAGAGGCGGCGGCGGCGUCUUCUGGAGUCCCGAGGCGAAGAUGCUCAAAGUCACGGCGCCCUCCUGCUCCGCCUCGCCCUGCCCUCCGGCCACCUCCAACGCGGCCCCGGGGGCCGGGAACCUCAUCCCGGAUUACUGGAUCGACGGCUCCAACCGGGAUGCGCUGAGCGAUUUCUUCGAGGUGGAGUCGGAGCUGGGACGGGGUGCUACAUCCAUUGUGUACAGAUGCAAACAGAAGGGGACCCAGAAGCCUUAUGCUCUCAAAGUAUUAAAGAAAACAGUGGAUAAAAAAAUCGUAAGAACUGAGAUAGGAGUUCUUCUUCGCCUCUCGCAUCCAAACAUUAUAAAACUUAAAGAAAUAUUUGAAACUCCUACAGAAAUCAGCUUGGUCCUAGAACUCGUCACAGGAGGAGAACUGUUUGACAGGAUUGUGGAGAAAGGAUAUUAUAGUGAGCGAGAUGCUGCAGAUGCUGUUAAACAAAUCCUGGAGGCAGUGGCUUACCUACAUGAAAAUGGCAUUGUCCACCGUGAUCUCAAACCAGAGAAUCUUCUCUAUGCAACUCCAGCCCCAGAUGCACCACUCAAAAUCGCUGACUUUGGACUCUCUAAAAUCGUGGAACACCAAGUGCUCAUGAAGACAGUUUGUGGAACCCCGGGGUAUUGCGCACCUGAAAUUCUCCGAGGCUGCGCCUAUGGACCAGAAGUGGACAUGUGGUCUGUAGGAAUAAUUACCUACAUCCUACUUUGUGGAUUUGAACCAUUUUAUGAUGAAAGAGGUGAUCAGUUCAUGUUCCGGAGAAUUCUGAAUUGUGAAUAUUACUUUAUCUCCCCGUGGUGGGAUGAAGUAUCUCUAAACGCCAAGGACUUGGUCAAAAAAUUAAUUGUUUUGGAUCCUAAGAAACGGUUGAAUACAUUUCAAGCCCUCCAGCAUCCAUGGGUCACAGGUAAAGCAGCCAACUUUGUACACAUGGAUACUGCUCAAAAGAAGCUCCAAGAAUUCAAUGCUCGGCGCAAGCUGAAGGCUGCAGUGAAAGCCGUAGUGGCCUCUUCCAGGUUGGGAAGUGCCAGUAGCAGCCAUAGCAGUAUCCAGGAGAGCCAAAAGGUAAGCCAAGAAACAUCUCCAAAUCAAGAUGACAAGGACAUCAACACUCCUCCUCAAGAUGAAAAAAUUCAAAAAGAUGGAGCCCCAAAGGCAGCUGAAGGUGAAGAGGCAGAGCACAAGAAGGUACAGUCCUUGAAGAAGGUGAAAGAUGCAGAUAUAGAUGCUGUUGCUGCCUCCAGCAUGGUACCCAAAGCAUGGGAAGAUGGGAUAAAGAUGGCUGACCCCGGAACAGAAUAUGACACAGAAACAGAGAACGAGCCAGAAACAGAGGUCGACUCAGAAGAGGAAGAACCGAAGACUAUGACGGAAACCUUCGACGAAGAUCAGGAAGACCCUGACGUGGAACUCGGAGUGCCACAGCCAGAUGAGAUCCUGCCAGAGUACUAAGCUGGCCUCCUUCAGAUCUAGAGGCCAAACCUUGGCAUUUUAUUUACUUUGUCCUUCAGCAAGGAAGGUGUGGAAGCAUGACAUGCACUGUAGUGAUUCUGUUUUUGAGGUGCAAAAAAAAAAUCAUAUAUACCAGUUGGUAAUCCUAACUAAAAUGCAUGUGACUGCUUUAUAAAAGUAUUAGUGUUUUCUAUGGCAUGUAAUGGAUACCUUAUACUGAUGAAUUAAUUGAUGUUGCAAGUAAACACAACACUUAGAAACACAUUUUCAGCACCGGUGACACAUAUUUGAAGGGAACAGUAGCAAAUUGAUUUUUCCUUGAAAAAUCUAUCUGUUUCAUAUCCGUUGGCUUUCUACAAAGGCAGUAGUAAUUCCUGUGAAUGACUGCACAGGUAUUAUUACCAGCUGUAAGGCAGGUUUUUGUGACUUUCCCAACAUUUACUUUUCAUCAUUAAUGAGUUCAACUGUUUUAAAGGAUCUUAUUUUAGGGGAUGCUUGUACAGUAUGUACAAAAAUUUCCCUUUGCAAUGGUAAGAAAUUGAAGCAUUCUUAUAAGAGGCAAGGAUCCAUAAACUCCUAAAGCUCUUUUGGACCAAGUAUUUUUACAUUAUUUUCACAUAUGCUAUGUAAUAAUAGGCAAAAUGUUCUAUUAUAAAACCUGCCAUUUUACAAUCCUGGAGAAAGGAUUUUUUUAACUCAUUUUGAGUUUUCUUUUUCCUUCACCUGCUCUUUCCAAUAAGAUGGCUUCCAGAUGGAUAGAGCUAAGGUGAGGAUAAAGAAAUGUAGAGUAACAAAUAAGGUAAAACUGAGACCUAGAUAUAUAAAGAUACAAUUGUGUUCAUAAAUUUAUACAAACUUAUGGAUAAGAACUUUUUAUGGGCAAAACUGUGUAAUUAACAAGUUUCAAAUAUUUAGAAAUAUCAAUUCCACAGAUUGGUGCCAAAAAUCUUUGGAAAGAAUGAGGACAGCACAUUGCAUUUCACAUAAUUCAUUAUACAUGGUACACAAUAGUUACCUCCCCUUUCAAAUGAUGGUUACCUGGGUUUAUGAACUUAAAUAUAAAAAGUACAGUUUUUUUUUCUCAGAUUUGAAUUGAAAUUGCCCACACUUUGCAAAGUUCUGAAAUUUUCCAUGGCAGAAACUUUAGCGUAAUGUAAAAAUUUUACCUUAACAAUAAACAAUAACAAAACUAAAGAAAAUACUCAUUUCAAAUAAGAUUCACAAGAUGCUAGAACAGAUUUCAUCGUACUAUUUCCUCUCUUCUUUCUUUGACUUUCAUGGAAAAACUUCCCUCAUCACAAUUUCAUGAAUUUCAAAUAUCUCAAAUUUCUAGCUGAGUCAAAAUGAAUAUUUUAUCAAGAAUAAUGAUCAUAUUUUGGUGAUCAUUACUUUGGUGUGUUUUCUUAAUUUUAAAGGAUUAUUUUCCAAGUCCAAAAUGGAGACAAUAAAGCUGAUAAGCAAAUAAUCUUC